CUACUGCUGAUUAUAAUGUUCAUAUUCUCCAUCAUUGGCCUCUCGCUAUUCGGUGACAGCUGCCCAAGGCACUUUGGGACACUUGGCAAAAGCAUGUUCUCUCUCUUUGUCUGUGUGACUCAGGAUGGCUGGAUGGGCAUCACUGAAGAGCUACAACAAUGUGGCUACUUUGAAGUUGGGGCUGUGUACCUUGUGAUCUUCAUCACAAUUGGAGCCUUUGUGUUUGCAAACCUUGUAGUGGCAGUGGUGGUCACUAACCUGGAAUGGGCCAUUGCAGAGCAGAAGGGAGGAGACCAGAAACACCAAAAGUCUGCAGACUCUGAGAAGAUAAGGACAGUCGAUGCUCACCAGGCCCUCAUGAGACUGGCCCGCCAGCAGACACCUCUGCAGGUGCCUCAACUCUCUCUGGACACUCGCUGUCUGGAG